AUGGGACAGACGCUCAGUGAGCCGGUGACCACAAAAGACUCGGCGUCUUGCGCUAACGAAAAUUACCUUGUUGGUAGCAGCUGCAUGCAAGGAUGGAGAAUAAGUUCGUUCCUUUUUAUUUUCCCGGUUAUAAAUAUUUAUAUGAUGUGUAAAUAAUCUAAAAAGAUUUUUUUCAAGAACUAAUUUUUUUCUGUUAAGACAUGGAAGACGCUCACACUCAUCUGCUCUCCCUUCCCGACGAUCCUAAAUGCGCUUUCUUUGCUGUUUACGAUGGACAUGCUGGACCAAAAGUGUCUCAAUACGCCGGGAUCAACCUCCACAAGAGGAUUGUCCUGCAAAAUGAGUAUGGUGAGUUAUCGUUUUCCUCUUUUAUUUCAUUGAUUUGAUAUAAAUCGGGUAAUCGGAAAUUGCAUUUCAGGAGAGGGAGAUAUGAAGAGAGCCAUAGAAAAAGGUUUCCUAGCUCUCGAUGACCAAAUGAGAAUUGACGAAGAAAUGCGAGACGACGUUUCCGGUACCACUGCUGUAGUGGUAAUCGUAAAAGAAAAUACCAUCUUUUGCGGUAAAUCAGUACUUUUUUGACUCGGAACAAAUUAUUUUCCAGGAAACGUUGGAGAUUCUCGUGCUAUUGCUUCCGUUGUAGGCGAAGCUCGGCCACUGUCUUACGAUCACAAGCCAGCUCAUCCCACUGAGGUCCUUGAGUGGAACGGAUAAAUUAUAAAAUAAAAUCAGGAAAAUAAUGUUUGUGUAUAUAGAGUUCCGAACUCAAUGCAGAGCUCAAUUUAACAUAAAAAAAUUUUUGAGUGAUCGAAGUGAUUCCUGAAUUGAGCUAUAGAGCUGUUCUCGGGGCCUUAUUCCUCGAGUUGGAAUUUUGCUGUCCAAACGUUUUGUUCAUUUCCUAAUGUUCUUUCCUUUUUAUUGUUAGAGUAUUUCAGGCGCGGCGCAUCAUAGCGGCUGGUGGUUGGGUCGAGUUCAACCGCGUCAAUGGAAAUCUGGCUCUUUCCCGAGCAUUGGGCGAUUUUGUAUUCAAACGCAAUGAGAACAAAUCAGCCGAGGAGCAAAUUGUCACUGGUAAGAAUUCGUUUAUUCAAAUCAGAGGGCAAAUUCAAAAAACAUGUUUGUUUUUAAUCGUGAAAAAGCUACAAUUAUGACGGUAGAGAAGUCGCGAAAAGCAGAACAAGUACAUCUUAUUUCAUCAAAACAAGCCAUUCAGCCAUGGAUAUUUGGGAAAGUUCUCAUCUUUCAGACGGCCUUCGUAAUUGGAAAACUUUCGAAGAAUUAGAAAAUAUCGAGUUCAUACUUAAAAUGAAUUAUAACGUGAGUUCUGCAAAAUGUGUAUACUAUCGUUCUUCAAUUUCGAAUUGUAAAAUUUUUCUGGGACGUUGAUAAAAAAAUGAUCGCAGAUUUCUGCCAUUACUUGUUUUUUUCUGCAUUUUAUCAAAAAGUAAACACUGAAAUUUUUUUGGGAGUUUCAAAAAAAUUUUUUUCCAAAAAUAAAAAAAUAAAAAAAGACCCGAAUGGAUUUUUUUGUACAAGUUUUGAAUCUAGUCGAACCAUCAUAUUGCCUAAAGUUUUUUUUCUUAUGGAAUGAAGUGUUCGAAAAGCAAUCAAAAGUUCGUUUAAAGCGUUCCCCGAUGUCAUCACUGAUAAAUUGACCCCCGAUCAUGAGUUCAUCGUUCUCGCCUGCGACGGAAUCUGGGACGUGAUGAGCAACCAAGAAGUCGUCGAUUUCGUUCGCGAACGCCUCGCCGACAAACGCGACCCCCAGACGGUAUGUCACAGAUUGAUUUUAUUGAUUUCUGGAUGUUUAUAUUGUUUUUUGACCUCGUUAAUUUCCAAGCUCGAAACUGACAUACUGAGCGAUUUCUUCUCCGUAAAAGAACAGGAAUUCGUUUGAAACUUCGAAGUGACGUAAGUGGCGCGUAGAGUUAGGUAGUUUUUUUCCUCAUUGAAUUGAGAAAUUUAAACUUUGGUGGUAUAAAAAAAACCCCACCGAAAAUUCAAACGACGACUUUUCCGAUUUUAUCAUAUCGCUAGAGAACUUUCCGACGGCCACCUUUCCGACGGAUCCCUUUCCGACUUUUUUUGCCUUAUGUUUUUCGGUUUAUAAAACAUCUAUAAACAUUUUUUUUCUAUUUUUUUCUAUUUUUUUUUUGUUUCAAUCAAGAACCGACUACCUACUUUAUAUAGGAAGAUUUAAAACGAAUGUUUUAUCGAGAAAAAAAAGUCGGAAAGGGACGUAAAGGUGGCCGUCGGAAAGUUCCCCAGCGAUAUGAAAAAAAUCGGAAAAGUCACCGCUUGAAAUUUCGCUGGUGUUUUUUUCAUACCACCUAAACUUUGACCUUCCCAGAAAAAAAAAAGUUCUAACAAUUGGUGUUUUGUUGAAGGUUUGGUCAUGAAAACUAUAAGUUAGAAUCAUGUUUUGCACUUUUUUACAACCAGUUGAAACUAUAAAAUGGAUAACCAAUGGUAUAAAAUAUACCUAAGUUCCAUAAAAAAAUUUAAAAAAAUGAAAAGAAUUUGCAUUAAAGAAAGGAUUGAAACGUGAAAGACGAUAGCUUUCAGAUUUGCGAAGAACUUUUGACCAGAUGCCUGGCUCCGGACUGCCAAAUGGGCGGUCUUGGAUGCGAUAAUAUGACGGUCAGUUUCUUUUCUCUUUUUUUUUGAACUUGUUUUUGAUUCAGGUAGUUAUCGUAGGAUUGCUCCAUGGGGAAUCUUCGGAAGUCCUUUUCAACAAAUGCGCUCGACCAGCUGUUAUUUCAGACGUGAGUGCUCUCCAGCGUUUCCAUAGUUUUUUUUCAAAAUUUUCAGUCAAGUCUUUUGGAUUGAAGUUGAGGCCUCAUUCCCAUACUUUUUUGUUGAAAUUUUGAGUUUCAAAAUUUUGUUCUAGAUGAGCAUUUUUAUUUAUCUCGUUCAUAAUUCAGACAAAAAACGACGAAGAGAGUUCCUAUGAUCAGCUGCCCAUUGACUCGCUCCGUAUCGACGGCGUUACUGGAGUCGUAGAUGAAAAAGGUCAGUUCUUAAUCUUUUUUUCUUCCAUGUGAUUUAUUCUCUAACUAUAACUUCUGUUUUGAGACAUAAUGGGAGCUCUUUGAAUUUUCAAAAGUUAAACUUAUAAAUAUUUGCGUUUUUAUAUAACGUUUAUAUCUCUAGUUAAGUAACUUUUUGGAAAAUUACUUUCAUCCAUUUCUUUUUUUUAUUCAAAGAGGACUUGAUUUUUUUUGCACUUUUAUCAAUUUUCCGAAUUUCGAAAUAGAAAAUUUUUUUUACGAAGUUAAGUUACUAAUAAACUCGGAGCUCUACUCAUGGAACAUCGCAAACUGUAUACAAAGCAUACAUGUGUAAGUACAGAACUAAAAUAGUCUAGGAAAGGAACUGACACACUUAAGUUUCGAGAAAUAAGAAAUGAAAAUCAUUUUUAUCUCCUGAAAACAGUAUUUUUAAAGUUCAAACAUAGUUUUAUUAACUCUGGUUGAAAAACUGCAAAGAAGAAUCCACAAUUUAUUGAACUAGUAAUGACCUAUUUUUUGAGAAUAAUUGAUUUUUAGCACACAGAUCUUUGUCCAUGUACGCAACUUAAAAGAAAGGGAAUGAUGUCAAUGAUAUGGUGUCUCAUGGUGGAUCGAUUUCUCAAGCUGGGACCUUAUCAUUUACUUUGAUAAUUUUAGGUUGAGAAAGCAAGUUGUAAAACUGAAGAAAAUAGGUAGUUUUCAACUAUUUGGAAUUAAAAAUACACGGCUGUUUUGGAAAGAUAUAUCAAAUCUCAGGGAGCGUUUGGUCCUCUGUGAUGAUUAUCUUGCUCAAAUUAGGUUUUUCCAAUGAUUCUGUUCAGAAUCUUGCAGGGAAACACGUUGAGAAGGCGGAAAAGGAGGACGGGUCGGACGAAGAGGCGGCGCCGACAGAAUUUCGCGUCUCUUCCUGAAUUUCCGACUUGCUGUCUCCACUGUGAUCGCACUUAAUUGCUCAAACCGUUUUAGUAUUUUUUUUUUCUUGUUAAACAUUCAAUUUCUUGUUCUAUUAUCCUUGAAGAGAUCUUCUUCCCGCCGUUUCAAAGUUCUGCCUUUCACACAGUUGAUUCCUAACCUUUCGUAUUAUCUUGUCUUGCAUUCGUGUAACUUUCUUCCUAGAAAGCGUUUCAUUUUCAUAUUAAAUUACCUUCUAGACGGGGUACAAAGUUAAUAUCAGUGCCAAUUGUUUUCCGAUGAAUGUGGCAAAGAUAGAUAGUGUACUUUUCUUUUUCAAUUUCCCUUGUAUUGGUUUAUAUUCCAACUCUAUCGCAAGCUAGACCAAUUUAACCUGAAGAUUUAUUCAUUUUUUCACAGAUUAACGCAUUAGAACGAACGUUUGACAUGACAAAAGUUUUUUUUCAAAAAUAAAAAGUAUUAAAAAUCUUUUGUUGUUAAUUCAAAGAUAAAUUGUUUGUAUACUUUGUUUUUUUGCGACUGUUGGAGAUCGAGUUUGCCAUGAAAAAUUUUUUUAUUAUGACAGAAAAAAAUAAUUUUGAAUAAAAGGAUCAUUUAAAAAAAAAAAAAAGCCUUCUGAUUUUAUUGAUGGCGCCCCCAAUAUUCAAUUAUCAUAUUUAAGCAAAAUACGUGUAAAAUAUAAAAAAGAAAUCUACAUUUUUUAGUACGGAAGAGCAAACAUUUCGACAGCACUUUGAGAAGCCGUCGGCUAAUUAAAGGUAUUAUAUUCCUUUACGAAUACAGCAGGAGUCUGAUUUAUCAAUAAAAUAAUUUUUUUUCGAUGACAAAAAAACUAAGUUUAUUCGUUGCAGUCAGUUCUUUUUUUUUGUCUUUCAGCUCACAUUCUCGAAAUGAUUGCUUUUCCUCGAAAAGAAAUUCGGCCCCCAACUAACUGCCUUUCUUGUGAGAAUUUAAUACCGUGUUCAAAGUGAUUCCGCGAAAUCGAAAAGAGGCGUCAGAGAAAGAAAGAGAUAACUAAAUUUUAGAGGGUCUGAGAUAAUUUAGCAUUUCGCGGAAAUUAGUUUGAACACAGCAUUAAAAAUUACCAUAGUUGUUCCCGAUCAGAUGCUAUGGAAAAGGCGGUACUGACUCGUGACCAAAAUUAACCCAUUUGAUCAUCUCGUCUUUUGAUCUACCCACAGACUUAGGUUUGCGCGCGCAAAGAAUGCACGUUGAAUGGUCGCGGUUUUCCGAUCGUUUCUCGUUGUCUUGCUGCCCGGCUCAUCAUCUCCAUGCGGAACCGCGACACGAUCUUGGCUCUUCUACUAACCUUUUCGUUGCAACUAAUACAGGUGACUGGCGAGUUUCGCAGAAACGCAUUUUGAAGAGUUUGUUUCGUUGAAUUGAGCUGAGAUGAAACAAAAUACUUUUUUCCAUUAUAUUCUCAUCUUUCCAGCCAGCUCAUUGUUAAUUUGAGAUAACUCUCUGCGAUAACGCCACCUCACCGUGCAUCGAACAAAAACAUUUCGAUUGUGGAGUCGGUCUUCAAAGAUGUAUUCCUUUGGAAUGGAUGUGCGACAACGUUGCCGACUGCGACAACGGAUCAGUGAGCAGAAAAAAAAAACUUUCAAAAUGUAUGAUUUUCUUGAGGAUGAGAUGAAAUGCUCGUAUAUUCACUCGUGUCCUUCCAAUUAUAUGAUGUGCAGAAGUGGGGAAUGCGUUGCGAAAGUCUGUUUUAUUUAUUUUUUGUUUUCAGGAAACUUCCAUAGAUCAUUUAAAAAAAUUUUUAUGGGGUAUUUGAAGGAUUUGACAGAUUUACAGAGCGUUCCGCGCGAGACGGUCGCUUAAAAAAACGGAAAAGGUAAAGCUACCGUAAAUACAAGCUUGCUCUACAAAACCUGAUAAAAAGGUAGCAAAAACACAAUUCUUGAAGCGAAGAUGCUCAAUUUUGAUCUAAUUUGGUAUACGGUCUUUUUGGCGGCAGGAAAAACGUGACAAGCCGGAAUUAGCUAUGCAAUCAUUUUUGUGACGAUUUUAGAUAUUUUAACACGGUUUCAGGCGAAUCAACAGUCUUUAUUGAAAAAAAAAAAUAGUGUCUCCCUUUUUCCAUCUAUUUGUACUUAAAGAAUGAAAAAAAGUUUCAAAAAAGGUAAGUUUUCAGAUAUACAAGUGCGAUAAGGAGCAAGACUGCCAAGAUGGUAGCGACGAAGUCCAUUGUGACCAAGUCAUCCAAGGCUCUCAACGACCCAACGACGUGCCGGUCUUCCCUCCAACCAGAACCACUUUUUCGACUUUCUUCUCUGAAAAAAAGUGCGACGGGUCACGAAUGCUUUGCAGAAGUGGCCAGUGCAUCUCGAGUGACUUGGUUUGCGAUGGAAACAAGGUUCUCCUCUGUUCAUUUAACACUAAUAACGAGAAAACUUUUGAAUUGAAAAAAAUUCAUUUGUUUUCCACGAGAUUUAACUCAGAUUUUCCAAACAGAGAGUAAGAUUAAGAACCAAACAGGAAGACCUAUUUUUGGUAUUUGCGACCGUCGACGUUCAUUCUUUCCAAUACUUGCUAGGAAGUACAAAAAAAUUGAAUAAAAGUGGAAUGCGUAGAGUUCUCGGACCUUUGUAAAGAAAACCGGACGUGCUCCGAACGUUUAUGAGAAAUUCUAGGGGUCACUAAAAAGUGCCGAAGCUACUAAAGUGGUCACUAAAAAUGCGCCGACACGUCCGGUUCGUGUUACCAAAGUCCCAGUCGUUUCCCCUUCAUGUUGAGUUAUGCAGAACUUUCGAAAACCAUGGCAAAAUUUUUUUUACGAGCUCUAGAUCAUUAUUUAUGAACUGCCUUGUUUAAUUUAUUUUCUGUUAUUUCUUUUUUAUUUAUCAUCUACGGCCUUUAGGCAUGGAGUGAAAAUUUUUACACCAAGUUCUAAUUUCUGAAAGGCCUGCAAUUUAAUUUUUUUUUUCAAAUCGAAAUUUCCUAUUCAAACAGAAACUUUCUUGCAACAGGUAAUCAAAAAGAUAAGCCCUUGAUUAUGUGUUUUGAUUUACAGGACUGUGCCGGAGGAGACGAUGAGGACGACUGUCUCGGACCCACUUCCCUGUGCAAAGACGGCUACAUCGCCUGCAAGUCUGGAGACGCCUGUAUCCCUGAAAGUUGGGUCUGUGACGGCAGCGAAGACUGCAAAGAUGGCAGCGACGAGGUGAGAAAUCUUCCAAUUCUUAGAGAAACGACAGUCAAACAUUUCGCAAUCGAAAACAUGAAACAUUCCUUCAGUUGUAUCUUUAAUUUAUGAUCACAGCUUUAAAUUCUCCUUUCUCAGCUGCAAUGUGUUGAUGAAGAACAAGAGCGCUUUUCUCACGGACAAACGACGGUUAUCAAUCAAUGCUCCAUUGAGGGACAAUUUCACUGUCAAACAGGUCUGCCUUGGGUGCAAUAUUCAAAUACUCUCGUGGAUUUCAGUUAACUUCGAGUCAGAAACCGUUUGCAUUCCGAUGAACGCCACCUGCAACGGGGAGAAAGAUUGCCCCAUGGGCGACGACGAGAGUCCGCUUUGCGCCGAAUGCUCCCGCAAGCACUGCGAGCAGACUUGCGAAAACACUCCGUCCGGUAGAACUGCGAACAUUUUCUCUGAAUUCUCCAUGGCUCAGGCGCCAAAUGCGUGUGCCAACGCGGAUGGAAGUUGGACGUCGACGGCGUUGGCUGCGUCGACGAGGACGAGUGUCUGACCCACGGCCACCUCUGCCAGCAGUACUGCGAAGAUUCUCGCGGAACGUAGGCCGCACGAAUGAGAUUUCCACCUCGAAAAGCCUUUCAGCUACAAUUGCAAGUGCGCCCCGGGCUACGUCCUCGGAAACGAUGGACACAGUUGCCGACUCGACCGCAGCCAAGAAGGUCUUCUCUUCCUGAGUUUGGGAUCGGAAGUAUGCCUCCGCAAAAGAAACACUGUAUAAUGACGUGUAUUCAGAUCCGACACAUGCCCUUGGCCGACGCUUCCACCUCCAAUGAAGGGUACACGACUGUUCAGAAAGUUGGGGGUCAUGGCAUCGCCCGAUCGGUCGAUUUCCUCAACAGAAACAAAAAGAUUUUCAUGGCCAUCAGCUCUGUUAACGGCCAAGAAGGAGAACUGGUUUCCAACCACUUCUUUUUAUCCAAGCAAACAUUUUCUCAGGCUGUUUCUGACAGAGGGUUGUUGAGGGUUUUGCGGGAAAACGUCAGCGGAAUCGGCUACAUAGCAGUCGACUGGAUGGGCGGCAACGUUUUCUUCACUCGAAAAUGUAGGAAACUUCGCGAAUUCAUUCGUUCCAUGAUUUGUUUCUUUCAGCACCUUCCACCAGCGUUGGCAUCACGGUCUGCUCUAUGAACGGGUUUUUCUGCAAGUGGAUCAUCCGCGGCCAAGAAUCUCAAUCUGGAGAUGCUGCGAGGAAACAAAACUACCGAGGUGGAAUCUUUAGAUCUAGGACGAAAAUAUCGAAGCCGUUCUGAAUUAUUAGCCCCCUGUAAAAAGUUUCAAACUAGCCAUCAAAAAAAUAAACCUCGUGUGAAACUCGGUUUUUUUUUUCAAGUUUGAAGAAAUUAUAUUUUUUCAGGACUUGCCGUACACCCACUGCGCGGAACUAUCGUAUACAUUGACACUUACAAAAGCAAGAGCAAGAUUAUGAUGGCCGACAUGGACGGAUCCAACGUAUAUCUUGAUGAAUAGAGUGUAGUUAAAAAGAUUUUCAAGAUCCGUUCAUUGGUGGACAACAAGUUGGAGUUCCCUAGCGGGCUUUCGAUUGAUUUGCUCCGCAAUGACGUCUAUUUCGGAGACGUUGAACGGAAAAUGAUCGAACGAGUCAACAUGGAUACUCGCGACAGGUUGGACUGAGGUCGUAAGCUCUUGACCAGAAUUUAUCCUUCAGAAGAGUUGUUCUGAGCACCGGAGUUUCGCAUCCCUACGACUUGAUCUUCUUUAAUGGCUUCCUCUACUGGACUGACUGGUUUUCCCUUUUCCGAGAUGACAUUAUUCCGACAUUCAUACUUUCAGGGGAACUGAGAACUUGAAGGUUGCCGAGCUCAGCGAACACCAUUCGAGCCCUCGAGUCAUUCAUUCUUUCAACCGAUUCCCCUACGGACUGGCAAUCAAUCAUUCCAUGUACCAGGUCAGUAACUAUUUGAGUAUCCUUUCGAAAAGGAAUAUAAAAAAAUGUUUGCGAAACAAAUUUCAUCAUUAGGAAACGAAACAAGUUUUUAAAAAAUCCAUCAUUGACCUUGAAAUAAAAUUUGUACUUCUGAAAAUUUAAUAACGUCUGUGCAUUAUAAUCAAGCCAUUUUUAAAACAAAUUUGUUGAAAAAACUCGAAAGGUUUUACAUUUUGUUCAGAAAGUAGUGUAUAGUACAAGUUUGAAGAUGGAUUUUUUUUAAAGUUUUAGAGCCGUCUCAGCCUUUGAAAGAUACUCCCCGAGUUAAAAGGCUCAACGCAAACUUUCCAAAUUUUCUCUUCAGCCAGUUCCGUCUGCGAAUCCGUGCGAGAGUUUGGAGUGCGCGUGGCUUUGCGUGCCUUUCAGAGACGUGGAAGGACUUCUGCGUGGCCGGUGCGUCUGUCCCGACGGCUACAACACGACCAAGGAAGACUGCGUUCCUCACGAAACCGGAAACACCACCGAGGCUAGUCGAAUGAUUUCCUGAGCAACUCCUAUGAUCUCGAAUUUAGGCGUCGUACAUCGGCACAGCUCUGAUGAAAGAAUACUGUCUGAACGGCGUCGGCUGUUUCAACGGAGGCUCCUGCAACGACGUGGUCAACGAACAUGGUCGGACCGAGCGCAUCGUUUGCGAGUAAGUUCAAUGGCCUGGAUCCGGCGAUUCCGAGGUUUUCAGGUGUGUCGCCCCGUACGAGGGACUACACUGCGAGAGGCUGAAUCCGGAGAAGCUGCUGGCUAUUGAAGAAACUUCCGUUUCGGCAUUUUUGGUCCUCGUAAUUUUCUUCAUGGUCUUUCUCAUUAUGUUGGCAGCAUUGGUCCUCUUCUAUCAACAAAAUGAAGAUUUCAAGUACGUUUUUUUUUACUGACGAAUCUGCGUGAGUCUGUUUAAAAACGUUCAAAUGGUUGUUUGAAGCAGCGAUGGAGAAAUGGUUUUCGAGCGGAAAUAAAAUGAAAUGCUUUCUGGUUGGAAAUGACGUCAGAUUCCUCUGAAAGCUCAAUUUACGUAACUCGUUAUACGCGCGCUCCGCCUCUUUUUUGAAUCUUUCUUAUUCUAUAGAUAUUUUAUCAAGUACCAAAUUAAAUGAAGGAAAAAAAACGCGAGGUCGAGAAAGAUGGUUAAAAAACAUUUUGAAAAUUACUUUGAACGCCAAAAUUUCAAAUUUGAAUCAUGAUAAAUUCCUAUUCAAAUACGAUCUUCAAGCAGUUUCCAAUUCUCAGGAACGAUAACUAUUUUGUUUUUAGAAUUUUCAUUAUGGUCUAAUCUGAAUGAUAUUGAAGGCAACAAGCCGACAGAGCUCUAUCAUCAGCCCAAGGAACAGUCAACGAGCUGGCAGUAAGGACGAACAUCAUGGCGGAACCUCUGGUGAACAAGCUCCGAGACACCAUCGCGCGAAGGUUUCUCCCGUUUCUCAUCCGACCGUAUCCGGUUUCCUUUUCCAGGUCUGAGAGACCGAACCACGUCGUUUCGAGCAGCACCCUCGCAGCCAACGCGCUAGUUGAUCCUGAACCUGGUCGACCUGACAUCACAUCACCUGUAAGUCCUCUCAAUCCUGAAUUGCUCCAAGAAAUCGUUUAGACUUCCUACCACAAUCCGCUGUACUCGGAGGUGCCCACUGAAGCUUCCCCCAUCGCCGGCCACAACGAUGCGCCUUUCCGAGACCGACCACGUCUGUAGAAACCAUUAACCGAAACAAAACAAAACCACUAAUAUCGCAAUACCACUGUAAAUAAGGCGUUUGUCAUGUUUUAUCUCACUCACAUAACAUUAAUAAAUAUUGCUUGCUUGAUUGUUCUGUUGCUCGUUUAUUUAUUGGGGAUACUUCGAAACCAUCAAUUUUUCUGUUACUAUUUCAUGGAAGUUUAUCGAAUAAGUAAAUAUUUUUCUAAUCAGAUCGAGAACCAAGAUCCGUCAGAAUCUUCGACUCAGUUUUCAUGCUUUUCACCCGAUUCGCAAUAAUUCCUCAUUUCCAGUCAUGCCGAAAGUGAUAGUGUUUCACAAAAACGUAGCUAAAAAAACUUUGAGGCUGGCUCGCCUCCAGUCAACUCUUGAUGUUACUGAAAUUGACGAUGAAGAUAUUUUGGUAAACGAUUUCUAACCAUUUGAAAGUCUGUAUUUCUCAGAAAAUCGGCGAAGUGCGCGAAAUGAGCAACGGAAUUCUGGGAGAAAAAUACCAGCCACCUGCAGGUUGCCAUUUCAAAACAUGUAAUAUUGGCAAUGAUACGUUUAACGAUUGGCUGAAAGUAAUCUAUUUCGACGUUUCAUCUUAUAUUAUGUGACACAGGCGACAACUGACGUUGUUUUGGUCGAUGACAAAAUGUUAGAAUUGCACGAAAAUCUGCGCACCGCCAAGUCAACCUCAGACGUUUUGUUGUUUUCCGAGCAGUUGGGGGUCUACAUAGAUAGAACUACUUUCCAAUUUCUGAUUACUCAUCUAGGUGAUCCUUGUAACUGCUAAGUCGGCGAGUUUCGCCCCGAAUACAGUCUACCGCGGUUCUGUUUUCGCGUAAAGAUUUUUCGUUUUUGUUUGAGAGUGCACACGAUCUUCAGCCGAUACCGAGAUCAUGAACAAGGAAGAGCUUCGAUGAAAGUGGAGAAUGCUCUAAAGCGGCUAGGCUGUCUCUGGUCGACGCAUUGUCCAAUGGAACCGCUACCUGAUGUCUCACCCGCAAUCUUGGUGAUUAGUGAUCCCGGUUCAUUUUUUACUUGUCUUUCAGAAAGGAAAAUGGGAGCAGUUCUGCGCGGAUGGACUACCUUUCUGGGUCUCGAGAGAAUGCAAAAAGGAAGAUGAUUCUUUGGAGGUUCCUGAUGAUUCUGUGGAGGUUUCGUGGAAGUAUUCUCAAUGAACCCUUCAACCUUUUUUUGUAGGAAGGCUGCCGGCAGCCAACAGAAGAAGAUAUUCUGGAGCAGCGAACAAGGAAUUCUCUUGGAAUCGCUCUAGUGAGUACACGGCUACAUACGUUUCAAUCAAAUUUAGAGCUUGAUGAAAAAAAAUGAAGUCGAGUUGCGUGAAGAGGGAGGACUUCUGUACGAUAUAAUUGCGGAGUUUAUCAAUGGCGAUUAGUUCAUCUCAAACUGCUUCUACGAAUUCCUCUAAAAAUUUAUUUUUUCUUUGUUUUUCCACUGGCAAACCAGGCAUUGUUCCAAAGAAAAUUUUGCUGAGGCUUGAACUGGCGAUUAUAUCGUCGAUAAGGUUGAAAAAAAGUUGAGACAGAGUACGCACCAACAACCGCUCGGCAGCUACCUUGCUCGGGUUUCUUUAUGUCAUCAAACUAACAUGGAAAAUCCUUUUAUUUCCAGUCAGCAAAUUUAAAAAAUUUCGUAAAAAGUUUUCUGACGUAAUGCGAAAUAGAGCAUCGCGUUAACUCUAAGCUCAAACUUUGACUCACAGGCGAAUCGAGAGGGUAUGUACGAUAAUGUGUCCACAAAGGUACCUCUCAAAAUGGAUCGUGAAGACUCAUAAUGGGUCCAUUGUGAGACCUCCGGCAUACCUUUUAGCUAUAUCUGAGCCAUCUCGGAGACACUUGAGAGUCUUUCUCAAGUUCAUCUAAUUUUCCUUAAAAUUCUCAGAGAUAUACUCGAGGUACCAUCGUGAGACUUGAGAGCCUGCGAUAUACCUCUGAGGGUCUCGCGAUACCCUUUCUCGGUUCGCCUAUGUUGGGGCACAGUGCUUCUAAUAUUUUCAUGUACCUGGUCAUAAGGCUAUGAAUUUUUUUUGUUGAGUGUAGUUCCGAUUCUCAAUUUUAAAAAAAGAGUUUUCAAGCAGAUUUGUAGAAAGUUAGCAUUUUUGAACUUCAGAGUGCACUCUCUCACUCACUAGUGAUUUUUUUAAAGCCUCGUUUAUGACGCCCCUUGAGUGUUUUUGUGCUCCCAUGGAGCACGUUUUCUUUUGUCGCCUUUUAAAAGACCUAUCGAAUUUGACAUUCAUGUUUUUACUAACAUUUCCUAUUGGAAGUUCUAUUCCUUUUAUUCCUACAAAAAUUCUUCUGAUCUUUUUUAUGUUCUCAUGAUCUGUUCAUCUUGUACUCAUUGUAUGAAAAAUUUCAUUCGCAACUUUUCCAUUUUCUUUUUGUUCGCAUUUUCCUCUCUAAACUUAUAAAAUUUUAUUCGUUUCACAGUGUUGUUAUUUUUUUAGUGUCGCGUUGAUGGAUUUAGUCAACAAGUUGUGAUGAAUUCCCUAUUCUCGAACAGCCUAAGGUUGUACACAAGGAAUACGCCAACCUAUCUAUUCCGAAAUAUUUCCACAAGUUCUGCAGCAGGAAGAUGGAAAGGUAAUCUAGAAAUUCAAGUUUAUUAACUUUUAUAGUAAAUUUAGUUGCCGAAAAGACUACCGGAAAGGUAACCGUGGUUGAAAUGGAGAAAAUGAAUGAUGGCCCAGGUGCCAGGAGAGCCGAAGAGCCAUGCGCUCUGUGCACUUGUAAUGUUUCUGUCAAAAUCACGUACAAGUAUUUACUUUUUUUUUCACAAGUUAUAGAUCAUUUUUUUUAGAGAUGUUUUGAUUUUGGAACAAUUUAUGCGCGACGAUGGCACAGUUUUGCCCCGACAACUGACUGGUCUCUGCAAAAAGCAGCAACUCAGAGUGGAAAGGUUCGUAUAAAAACUUGGGCAGUUUCAUUUUUAUAGAGCUCCAAGUGGAUUUGCUUCUUUCAGCUUUAUGCUAAAUAUUUAAUUUCAAAUUUUAAAAUAAAUCUCGCAUUUCACCUUAGGUAGGGUUUUUUUAAAUAGUUCAAUUUGAACUGUCUUUUUGUAAAAAUAAAUUUGAUGAAGAAAAGAAAUUUUUGAACUUUGACAGGUGCGUAAUGCAAGCUCAUUGGUCGGGUCUUUUUUUCCUGACAAAACAAUUCCCGAAUUGGAUCGCGCAGGUUACAAGAGAUUCAACAGGUUUUUCUAUAUUUUUUGAUUUUAAUUUGAAAAGGGUUUUCAAAGUCAUUUUAGUAUAACUUUAAAAAUAAAUGUCUCCUCAUCAGCGACAUAUUUAGAUAUUGGAACGAUGA